AAAAUUGAAAAGGAAGGAAGAUACAUUGAAUUAGAGCUCGUGAGCAAAAUUUCUGACAUUUGCGGCCAAAUGGCACAAAAACAUCGUACACUCAAAAGAAUCAAACAUUCUAGGCAAAAACACAGCUGCAACAACAACAGUACUCAAGUACACAAGAACAACUUCAAAACAAACAUUGACGGCUUGGUUUGUUCUUAACUGCUGCCUUCUUCUCUCUUUCACUUUCUCAUGCUAAACCCAAACCCGAACCCCCAGGCCCUGGUGAAGGUGCAAUUUCUUGAGCUUGGAGAGGAAAGGAUUAAUUAACUACCAGUGCCUUGCAUAUAUAUAUAGCUGCCCUUUGGGUUCUCGUAGGACUGGAUUUUGUAAUUGGUGCAGGACAGGAAGUUGUUUUUGAAUGCUCUAUCAUAAAAUUGAGUAACCUGGACUGUUCUUAGGAGUUGGUUGUUUGAUUUCAUGUCAAAGUUUUUAGUUGUCUAGAAAUUGAAUUCUUUAAUCUUUCAAUCUGGUAAUCUAUUGGCUGGUUGAUUCAGAGUUUUGUUCCUCUGAUCUAAUCAUGCCAGUGGUUCAGAAACUGUAUGACACUUGCAAAGAAUCCUUCUCAACCAAUGGUCCUAUAUCAGAAGAAGCUCUGGAUAGUGUUUGUGCUAUUUUAGAUGAAUUGAAACCUUCCAAUGUGGGUCUCGAACAGGAGGCAAAACUAUCACGUGGAUGGAAUGUUUUGAUAAAUGGAAGCAACGGGAGAAAAGGGCAAAAUAGAAAUCAUCAGUAUCCACCUGCAGUAAAAUAUUUACACUUGCAUGAGUGUGACAGGUUUUCUAUAGGGAUCUUCUGUAUGUCACCUUCCUCUGUCAUACCACUUCAUAAUCAUCCUGGAAUGACUGUUCUGAGCAAGGUUCUGUAUGGUUCGCUUCAUGUGAAAUCAUAUGAUUGGCUUGAUUUGCCUGGUCAAGCUGAUUUUUCUCAAGCAAGACCUGCAAAACUUGUUAGAGAUUGUGAAGUGACUGCUCCCUCUGGAACAACAAUUCUUCAUCCGACUACUGGUGGCAACAUUCAUAGCUUCAAAGCUUUAACUCCAUGUGCACUGUUUGAUGUUCUUUCACCCCCUUACUCUUCAGAAGAUGGGCGUCACUGCUCUUAUUUUAGGAGAAUCCAUCAGAGAAAUGUGGAAGGUGUUGAUCAGUUGUGUGGUAUUAAUCCCUCUAAAGUGGCUUGGUUGGAAGAGAUUCAACCACCUGAAAGCUUUGUGGUCCGCAGGGGACAGUAUAGAGGCCCCAUUAUUAGACAAUAAAGUGAUUUUGGAGAGGACCAUACCAUUAGUCAUAUUGGCUCUAUAAAAUAAGAACCAUUUCACACAUUGUUGGAAUGUUAACUGUCAAUUCUGGUGGCAAUAAAUCUUGUCAUUAGCUAAUUGAGGAAUCUGUUUGUAUGUAUUAUACAAGUGUUUUAUAUGCCUGCUUAAUGGUGAAUGUCGAUAGAAAGAACAUGUUCUUCCUAAUAUCAGAGUUGUUGUCGAGAAUUUAUUGCUAAACAAUGCAUAUUAUUUUAUCUUUGCUUUAUGAAAUUUUCUCAUAGCUUUACUUUCUGGUUGGAUUGUUUUUCCUCUUCUUUAUCUUACAUUUUAUGGUAUAGGCAUGGAGGGUUGUUAUGUGAGUAGGUGUCAAGAA